UCUACUUUUCUUUCUUUCUUUCUCUGGAAAACCUUAGUAGAUUUCCAAUAUUGGAAAUAAGUACACAAUCUCUGCUUUUAAUUACUCCACAAAUUAGAAAAAGAGAAUUAGGUGGAUGAUUUGAGAUGUUGGAAUUGGAUUAUGCUGGAAUCGUAGAAUUUGGUUGAGAAAUAAGAUUUAAGGUCUUUUCUUCUGAGAUGUUUGAUUGGAACGAAGAAGAGGAGGUAACCUUAUUAAUAUCAGUGAACCAACUUACACGUGUAGUAUGGGGUGAAGCCAGUGAAAACAGUGACCAUAUCGUACCUUAUGCCAAGGAAGGUGAUGCGAAACCAUCUAUUCAGUGUGGCACUCAAAGAAAGAAGCCGCAGAGUAACGAAGACAGCCCUGAUAAGCAUGUUGAGCAGAAUAAGCCAGGAGAUUGCCAUGACUCCUCUGGAUCUAAAUUGGAAGGCAGUUCCCAGUUCAACACAGAUGGACUUACAGAUCUUGAAAUGGACUGGCCCAAUUCACCUUUACCUAUUGCUGCAUGUGCAGAUACUGGUGGGUUAGAUAAUGGUACUCGGCUGUUCGCGAAUGAGCAUGAAGAAAACGAGCACGUUGGUUUUCUUGAUUAUAGUUGGGCUAACAAUGGAACCUUUGACGAUCUUGAUAAAAUACUUAGAGAUGAUGACCCGAUAUAUGGGCAUGAAACUCUUGGUGAUGCAGCUGAGCUCUGGUCAUCUUCUGCUGAUGUACUUAGCAGCCCAAACAACUGUGUUCCUACACCUGGUAGCUCUCAAAACAUGGAUUUAGGUGCAUCGAUGAAUACAUUUGAGGAGUGUAAAGUGAAAGUGCGACAUCCAGAAGAUACAGAACUCCCUUGUGGUGGUGAGAAGACGAGUGACUCGGUGACUCGUUUACUUAUAGACGUCGACCCAAGAAAGGAUAAGUCUAUUGGACCAGGUUCCAAAUUUCUUAUCCCAGCAGUUGAAAAGACAGAUACCAAGAUGGUUGAGAGGAUGCUCUCAGACUCUACUGGUGAAACUAGUGCAACCCGAAAUGAAGUUUCCAGUAAGGUAACUGGGAAAAGAGAGCCAUGGAUGCGUCCUAAAACUGGAAAUGAAAGAGAAAUUAAGUGUCAAAAUGUGUGUGGAGCAUGGCCGCUCAAUGGAAACAAAUUUCAACAAAUUGGGAACCAAUUUCAAACGUCAUCUUUUCAAACCUUUCCACGUGCAGUCCCCGGUCUACCUCAGCCUUUCAUGUAUGUGCAGACUUCUCAUCCAUAUAUGCCGACAGGACAUGGAAACUCUACAAACUACUAUGUGCCCAUGCUGCCACACGUUAGUUCCGAGAGGGGUAAUGAUCAUUCAGCCCUUCACGGUUAUAGAUUUCCUGAAGUAGUGUCAACAAAGAUGGCUAGUCCCUCAAAGAAGCUUCCCGUUGUCCUCUCAAGACAAACGACCAUGACUCCUCAGGAAAAAAUAGAAAAGCUAAGACGGCGGCAGCAAUUGCAAGCAGUGCUUGCUAUUCAGGGUCAACAACAGCAGUUGGGUCCUCAGUUCACUUGUACUGAUUCUGACACUCAAAGGUGCGUUCAUGCUAAUUGAAGUCAAGACACUGGAGGAAAAAUUAAACUUGUUGGUUCAUUUGAGUCAGAUUGGCCCAUUCAACAAGAUGAUUCCGUAGCUAUGAUAGCUGACGACUGCUCACUGAAACAACGGGUGCUCGAUCAGCUUCAAGAUGUUAUUGGAAAGUUGGAUAUGAGCACAAGAUUUCGUAUUCGUGAUAGCCUGUUUCGGUUGGCUCAAAGUGCAAUACAAAGACAUAGUUCCGAAGAUACAGGCAGCACAAGCAGUUUUAUGGUUGAAGAUGAAUUCGUAAUUAAAAAAGAAGUAGAAGGCGCCAACAGGUCGACAAAUGUACCAGAAGCAGAAAACUAGACCAAUCCUAUAGAUCGGACGGUGUCUCAUUUGCUAUUUCGUAAACCCUUGAGAUCUUCGUCAACAUUGUCAGUUAGUUCAACAGAUAAACAAAUAGCAUCAACACCUUGUAACGUGAGUCGAUUUCAAAGCAGUACUUGCAAAACUAAACUUGAGAACAUAUCCAAUAACGAAGAUGAAGGUGGAAAGGUGGGAGUUGAUGCAGCCUUACAAAAAAGAAACGCUUCUGAUUAUAAUAUAUAAAAUUAAGGGUAAUUCCUUCCUUUUAUCUCUUCCCCUACUCUCAGCUCCUGUAACUUCUUUCUUUUGUCCAAAUUUCUGGUAAUAGUUCUUUUCGUUUCAACUAUCUGGAUCUUGAUCAAGCUUUCUGUAGUAAAUAGGUAGCACCGUUAAGUCGCCUAGUUUUAUCUCUCUCGAUGCAAGCGCUGAUAUAGUUGAGUUUGCCGAGUGCUUAUGUUCUUAAAUAAAGAAAAUUAAAUUUUGUUGCUGGACCACCCACGUGUAUGCGUAACUCCUUAAUCUCUGAUUGUUGUAAUUACUACGUUAAUACUGUAUAUCAAAAAUUUAGAGCUCUCUUGUCCA